AUGGAGGAGGAAAAGGUCCAAAAACUACCCCCUAGGGUUAUUCAGCACAUGACAGAAUUUGAUACAACCUAUCACCCCGGAGUAGACCCCAAAGAUCUAGUUCACCUCGUUCAUGACACUGUAGUUAGUGAACGCAAAGAAUUGAAAUCCACACGACGUCGGCCAGGUGAGAUAUUCUGCUACAAUUGUGGAUUGGAUGAUGAUCUCGCCCGAGAUGGCUACACUUCACGCGUAAAGAUCGCACAUAUUAGACAGAAUAAUGCCCUAUGGGAACUUGGCGGACCAGAAGGGCCAUGGAUACUGAAAGAUGAAAUAAACGUUGCCAAAGAUAGCAAGUCGGUGGACUAUACAGUACAGAAAUUUCUUCGGGAUGCGAAUGUAGGGAUACCUCUUGUGGAAAUGUACAGAUUUGGGGGCGGCGAUGAAAAGUUCAAUUUUACAAUGAUGUCUAGAGCCAAAGGAAAAACGCUAGGGGAGUGGAGGGACAAUCUUUGCGAUGAACAGUAUAAAGAUGUUGAAAUGGAUCUCUUGAAACACAUUAAGAGCAUUCGCCAGUUUACUAGUCCUCACAUGCGAAGAGUGGAUGGCGGAGAACUUCAUGAUAACUAUAUUGGAAGUUGCUGUGGAUUUCCAUGUAUGGAGACAGGGCGAAAUGAAGAAGAAUGGCUGGAGAAUUUAACUCCUGCAAUUCGUAAAGCUCUUUUAAAUAAGCUUUGGAUGCGAAAUAAAGCUGGGCUUCAAGAUCCAACGGAACGAGACGCGUGGGUAAAAAAGGCGGACGAACACAUAGCUAGGAUCAAAGCAGGCUUCCCAAAGGGUGGACCAUAUGUUCUAACCCAUGGCGACUUGCAUGAUGGGAAUGUCUAUUGCUCGAAUGACAAUGCGGAUCAAAAGUGGAAGGUCACCGCGAUUAUUGAUUGGGAAACGGCUGGCUAUUACCCUUGGUGGGUAGAGCUUGCUCGCAACCCUCAACUACUAAGGGGUAGCGGUACGAUAGAAGAGCGGCUUUCGGGGUUUAGCCCCCCAACCUUCAAUACGGAACAUUGGAAGCCGAUGAUGAAGGCCUUAGAUGGUAUCUGUCAGCUAUGGUCAGACGGAGCAUAUAUCGAUAGAAGCAGUCAUGGAAAGGGUCGUGCAAAUAAGUGGUUUAGCAAGGAUUUUUGUGAUUGCCAUAAAGUGAAAAGAACAUUUCUGGAGAUAGAUAUGGGGUGGCCCCAAGAGCAUCAUGAUGUGUUUGACCCUGAGCUUUCGGAUCCAGAAGAUAAUCCAGAAGAAGAAGAUCUCAGUACCAAGUACGCGUUUGAGAAAGAUGAAAGAGAGUUCUUGCGAUGGUUCAAUACAAUUAGCAAUUAG